GGUUGUAAAUACAUAUAUGCAGUUAUCUUACAUCUCUCCCACUUAACGCGUUGCUAGGCGUGUCGCAUUGUACAAACGUGGGCGGCAGGACGGUUCCAAACGGUUAGCUGAUAAGAUAAAGACAUUCCCAUGUUGAUUUCCCCCUUGACAAAAACAAAACAAAAACCAAGAACGUCAUCGGCUGUACAUAUAUACAAGAUAUACAAGAUUUUGUGCCAAUGGGCUUGUAUAUAGCCACUCCUGGCUCCACGGGUCGCCAUGGACGACUUUUCCGACGACGACUUCGACACUCUGAAUGCAAACGUCUUGCAGGAGCUCGAAAAUAAUGCCAUUCAAUUCACCCAAGCACAGAAAAAGUACCAAUCCACACAAUCCCAGCGGUUAGUAGACGAUUUCGAGGAUGACGACCUUGACGAUGCCGUUGUUGAAGAUGAGCUUCGCGGGAACUCCGUCCUCCUACCAGAGAAAACGGCUCAAUUGCCAUCAAGGGUCGUCCCUCAACAUCAACAGCACCAAGCAUGGUCUGGUCCAGCACCUGUUCCUCCCAGUCGUUUUCGUCCUCAGCCUAUUGCUUCCUCUUCUCGGACGCCAAUGCUUCAACAGCAACCACCCGCUAGCUCUCGUCAACCGCAUCAACAAAUAACUCGUCCUCCGGCUCCAUCAUAUAGCCAGAUUCGCCCUCCGCCUCCGUUACCUCGACCAACUCCGUCUAUCCCUCCACGAUAUCAAGCGUCCCAAGCGCAAAGGCCAGCUGGUCCAUCGAACCAAGACAUUAUUGCUCUACAGGCCCAAAUAUUGGAUCUAAAAACGAGACUUACUACCAAGGAUGGAGAGAUAGGGAUCGUCCGAAAGCGAUUGGAAAAGACGCGCGAAGAGCACGACCGCGAGCUUCAGGCCAUAAAGAAACAAGCAGCCGAGCAGGUAGCCAAGCAUGAGAGAGCUCUCGAGGCCGCAAAGGUAGCUCAACAAGCUGCUACUACGGAACUUCAGUUUACAAGGAGGGAUCUCAAGGACGAAUUAGAACGCGCCAAGCGUAAAGAUGGUCCUACGACACCUAAGAAGAAUGCUGCCGCUAAGUCGUGGGGGAUAGCAGACGGAUUUGAAGAUGUCGAGAUUGCGACUAGUCCUAGCAAGGGGCAACGGGGUAGAAAUACAGGUGCUGUGGCUAGCGCCGUUGUUGAACCGCCGGCGAGACUGACGAGAACGCCGACGAAAGGAAAGAGGAAACGUUCGGCUAUCGACAGUCCCGUAACAGCACUAGAGACCCACUCUGAGGAUGUUGUGAUGUUAGAUGAUCCUGUCGCAGAUGACAGCAAUAACUCUUCGCCAGUGAACAUCGUACCUAGGGUUGCUUCCUUCGAUUACAUGAAAGUGAUACUCAACCAUAGCUCUGCGCACGGUCGCCCAUUGGCCUUUGAGUAUCUAGCUGGUUUUGCGCUUCCGUCAAGGCCUACGGAGAGUCUUGCAUCAAUACUUUUCCAGAAACUUGCCGUUAUUGGAGAUCCUCACGACCCUAUGCGUCUACCAAUAGAAUUCUGCGAGGAACUGAUUCGGCUGUGGCGUAGCUGUUUGGAUGAAAGUUGCUUGGCUCCUAUAAUGGAUUUGGUUUCAUUGAUAUAUCUAACGCUCCAGCUAUAUACCAUUGCUGUUGCGCCAUACAUCGCCCCCUCCCUUCUACCGGUCGCGAUGGACUCCUGCUUUGAGGUGGCGAUCCCUAGAUUUUACCACGAGGGCCCUGGAGAUCCACCGAAAGACACCUGGAAGAAUUUCAACGCAAACAUCUCAACUACUGAGAUUCUCUCGCUAUUAUAUUUGACAGCUUUAGACUGCGCGGCUUCGCCCCCCGUUGGUGGUGUUACGGACCCAGCAAUCGAUUUUUGGAGCCAGGUUCAGGUCGAAUUUGUCCUCUUGCAUCUUAGUCAAAAGCAUCCGGUGGAGGAUUAUCUAAUCAUAUUAAGAUGGCUAUGUACAUCUGUUUUCCCCGAUAGCAUCGGUCCAAUUUGUCCUGAUCGGACGGUGGAGGUGGUAGCGAGUGCGUUGAUCGAGCGAAUUUCACACCAGCUUGUCGAGAAGCCACUUUGGGAUAUUGAUCAGUAUAAGCUGCGCAGUGUUCGAAAUGGAGUAUUGCGGACGUUGGCCGCUUUUGCUAGAUCAUCUUUUGGUCUUGCCCAGCUUGCCAUAAAUAACUACGCCAUCCCACGUUUAGUCACCUUGCUGUCGUCGUGUAUAGACGAGCUAUACGACGGGGAUAUGCGAUACGAAUCUUCGGAUGACGAUGAUUCACAGAGAGAGCUGCAGACUUUGGUGGCUCGUUCCGUUUUACUUUUACAUACAAUCAUCACAAACCCCUUAACUGCCGACUUGGUAAAUGUUUCGGCAAAACUAACUAAACCGACGGGAGCGUCACAAAAGUACCUGCUGAGUUUAGGACGGCUCAAUUUUUCGGAGGAUUUAGUAUCGGAGGAAACGGCGGAACUGGCGCAUGAACUGUUGGAAUUGGCAGUAACCCCUGAAGAGGGCGAGGAGUUGGGACGGUUCUUUGGGGGAUGAAGUCCUUUUUUCCUUUUGGUUAAGCAUUCGAAGAUACCUUAGAUACCAGGUCCGGCGGAAAUUCACAAAAGGUUCAAGACAUGAUAUUGUAUAACUUGGUUUGCCUAUCACGGACGGUGAUGAUUCCAUCUAGAGGUUGAGUAGGAUCAACAUAUUUCCGUUUGAUGGAAAGUCGUAGCAAUCUCGGAAAACGGUUGGGAGCGUAAGGCUGAUGAUGAAGACCCACACACUUCGCCGCGCAGAAGACAUCCGGACUAAUUGCAUAGGUACCAACUGGCCUUCGACACAUGUCAUGGCCAUUGGUUUGAUAGUAAUUGUAGUGGUGUCUACAAUACCUCGGUAGCUUGAGUCGGGGGAUAAUUAAGGAAACAUAAUAUCCGAAUAUUGAAAUAUACCCAUCUUUUCAUCUUUGUUUAUUAUUAUGUAUUUUGUAAAUAUGUACAUAAAAGAAGUUGAGAAUUG